GGGAUAUCUGGUGGGCUCCCCCGGUGGAGUUUCAUAAACAUCUUCCUUCUGCUUGGAAGAAAGUGAUGACAUGGUUAGGGACGCCACGUCCUCCGGGAUCCUCUUGCUCCCUGAUGUGGAAUCAGUAAGGAGAUUUGGCAUAGGCCUCACUGAGAUUCAGCACAGUGUGUAUUGGCACGGCCGUUAGGCCAGAAUGAGGCUGGGCACAUCGGGCUUGACUUAGAGACCCUCUCCUAGGUUCCAAGUGGGGUCCCCAGCACACCUGUACUCCAACUGCCACUUCCCCAACUGUCGCUAGAACCGUGCCUCAGCCCCAGCGCCUGCUGUGCUUUGGGUGACCACGGGCUGAGGACCAGGUGAAAGCCUCCCUUUGAGGUUCAGGCGCCAGCCAGAUGUAGUUUCCUGAGGAAAACCCAGUUGCCUUUGGUUUUGGUGUUUGUUUCUGAGUGCUUUGAAAGUCUGGCUGCCUCUCCUUCUGAUUUGCAGGACACUAGUCAGGAAACCAACUUGGUUGUUUGAACAGCUUUUAAAUGCUUCUCAGCUUCGUGUGAAGACUGCUGUCCUCAGAGGAGCUCCAGACUUUACCAAAAAGAGAAAUAUUUUUUCCUCUUCAAAAUGACAAUGGACUUGGAGGUCAGUGAACCAAUAGACUUUAGUUCUGGAGAUCAUCAACACCUGGUUCGGAAAACCGCAGAUGUAAGCACCCAUCCUAAAUCUGGUCAGCCCCACACAACAUCUGCGCCUGGGCCACAAGAAACUCGAAAAGAUCCAUACUUAAAGAGUCCUGAGAAAUGGAAUACCUAUGUGGUACAAAUUACAAAUGACAGCACCCCAGAAGAAAGCCAUACUAAUUCAUCAUCCUCUCCAUUCUCAGAUGCAGCUGUCCGCAGAGAUUUCAUUAUAAAAGUGUUCCUCAUCCUGUCAGUUCAGUUGUUGAUCACCGCGUCAAUAAUUAGCACGUUUGUUUUUUGGGAGGCUUUAAGAUCGUGGGUGAGAGCAAACCCCUGGUUCACCUAUAUAACCUUCCCUGCGUUUUUUGUUGUACUUAUUGUACUCGCUUGCUGUGGGAAACUCCGCCGCCAGGUGCCUGCGAAUUACAUUCUCCUGGUAUUAUUUACAGUUCUUGAAGGCCUGAUGCUAGGAGCCGUAGCAAGUUUCUAUAAAGUCCAUGAAGUAUUGUGGGCAACAGCAGCAACCACUCUGGUGACAGUGGCUCUCACUUUAUUUGCUCUACAAACAAAAUGGGAUUUUACCAUGCUAAAUGGAAUGCUGUUCGUUUUGACCGUCGUACUUAUAGUCUAUGGAAUUAUCGUAAUCGCCAUACGAGCCUAUUGGCUGCAUGUAUUGUAUGCUGCAAUCGGGACUGUGAUCUUCUCACUUUACCUGGUGAUGGACGUGCAGCUCAUGAUGGGAGGGCGCCAUCGAUACUCCCUGGACCCUGAAGAGUAUGUUUUUGCUGCCCUGAACAUCUACCUGGACAUCAUCAACCUCUUCCUCUUUAUUUUGCAACUGACGGCAAAUCGGUAAUCACACAGCCACGGGCAGCUCGCGGUGAGAAGAGGAAGGAGGGACGACACCUGUGAAGUAUUGCCAGGCUUAGACAUGCAGAGGUUACCAUUCAGAAGCCCUUUUAUUUAAAAAUAAUUUAAGAAUACUUUUUUUUUGGGGGGGGGGAAAUCAAAUGAAACCAAGUGUGCAGUAGAUGGUAGCUGUAGCUGUUACAUUUUUAAUUCUAUCGCCACAUAGCAAAACUUUCUGAGGGACGUUUUUGGUUUCUAUAAAUUCAAAAGAUGAGUGUCAUAAUUACAUACUUACAAACACUUGUGAGAUGUCCAUCACUUUGUUGAAGUUUUCCAGACACUAUUUAAAGCUGUAAACAACAUCUUUCCACAUGAAUAAAACUGAUUACAGAAACCUAUA